ACAAACUUCUUUCACGUUGUCAUUAUGGGGUAUUGUUUGUAGAAUUUUGAGGAAAAUAAUGAAUUUAAUCCAUUUUGGAAUAAGGCUGUAACAUAACAAAAUGUGGGAAAAGUGAAGUGCUGUGAAUAUUUUCCAGAUGCACUGUAUAUCUAUACAUCCUUAUAUAAAUGUUUGUAAAUAUGUAUUUAUUAUUUCUUUAAUUUGUUUCUUCAAAUGACACGUUCAUUUCAGCUGAAAAUCUUCAAAAUAGUUGUAUUUUCUCAAAGCACCACUGCAUUUGAAGCCAAUGAAAUAGCGCCAUCUGGCGGUCCAAAUAUUAUAAACUUAAUGACUACAGGCAGAAUGAUACAUAUAGGUUAUUAGAAGCCUGUUAAAUGCUUAUUAAUUAAUUCUUUGCAUAAAGCACAGAUAACUUUAAACUGAAUAAGAACUUCAGGAGAAGAUUAAACAGUUUCAACUCAGGAAUGCAGAUUAAAUGCGGCUCACGUGAUGUUAUUUGGUUAUUGAAAGAAAUAGAGCAGAGCUUUAUUUGUUUUUAAUAUUAAGGCUGCUGAGAUGGUAUUUUCUCAUUUUUUCAGUAUUUCAUUUGUGUAAUCAGUUUAAAAACGUGUUGGGGUUGUGUUCAGACGGAUUUCUGUGAGCACUGUAUGAGUUAAUUGCAAUCUCUCUCUCUCUCUCUCUCUCACACACACACACACACACACUCUCUCUCUCUCUCUCUCUCUCUCUCUCGCUCUCUGUGUGUGUGUGUGUGUGCGCGCGCGCGUAUGUGUGAAACAUGCACUAUUUAUGAAUUGACAGAAUCAGAAUGAAAGCGUCAAGCGCAUGCGCAUUAGCAGCCAAACGCGCAGCAUCGCAGGGAAUUAAAAGCGCAUGCGCAGUUACAGCCUCCGUUCAUACCAUGGGAUGCUGCUGGUGCUGAUGCUGCUGAUUGCUACGGCUGGAUACAGAUACAGCGUGCCUGCUCGCCAACAGGAUGCAGAACUGACGCAAAGGAAAUGCGUUAAAACGCACACAUAUUAGGAGGCAUGUUUGUUCAUGAGCGAGCCAAAAUCCGAGGAGAUGUGGUCAUGCAAAAAACCCACGGAUGCUCUUCUUCUGUCGCACACUGGUUCCUCCAUCCCGCUCCCAGCGAGUCGCCCUUGAUAUAGGAGCAAGCCUUUACAUCUUCAGCCAUGAACACCGCAGUGGGUUUUCCGCACAGACCCAGCGCGAAACUCGCGUGCGUGUGCGCCGCGCUGCUGUGGCUGCAUGCGUCCUGGUGGACGGUGUGCGCGGCGGGGGGAGAGGACCAAUUCAGCGCCGAGGUUUGGUUACAGAGGUAUGGCUACCUCCAGCCCACGCAGCCCAACAUGGCCGUCCUGCGCUCAGCUUUGAGCAUGCAGUCAGCCAUCGCCACCAUGCAGCGUGUCUACGGCCUCAACGUCACGGGACAUUUAGACCUGAGUACUAUAGAGUGGAUGAAGAAGCCCAGAUGUGGCGUCCCGGAUCAGGUCAGGAGACAGUCAGGCCCGCAGUCACGGACACGUCGCUACGCGCUCACCGGACAAAAGUGGCAGCGCACGCACAUCACAUACAGUAUAAAGAACGUGACCCCUAAGGUGGGCGCACGGGAGACUCACGAAGCCAUCCGGAGGGCUUUUGAUGUGUGGCAGAGCGUUACACCGCUGAACUUCGAGGCUGUCCCAUACAGCGCGCUGGAGAGCGGUAAGCGUGACGUAGACAUCACCAUUAUCUUCGCAUCUGGUUUCCACGGUGACAGCUCUCCAUUUGAUGGAGAAGGAGGCUUCUUGGCUCAUGCGUACUUCCCUGGGCCUGGGAUAGGGGGUGAUACGCAUUUUGACUCUGAUGAACCCUGGACCCUGGGCAACCCCAACCAUGAUGGUGAGAGAACGGCAGGGAAUGACCUGUUCUUGGUGGCCGUCCAUGAGCUGGGCCACGCUCUGGGUCUGGAGCACUCCAACGACCCUACUGCGAUAAUGGCCCCCUUUUACCAGUAUAUGGACACGGAGAGCUUUAAAUUGCCUCACGACGAUCUACAAGGCAUCCAGAAAAUCUAUGGUCCUCCAGAUAAGAACCCUCAGCCAACUCGGUUGCUCACGACGGCGCCUCCUCCUCGCCUGCACCCUCCAUCUGACCCUCGGAAGCACGACCGUCAGAGCCGUCCUCAUCGGCCGCCACAGAAAUCCAAACCCUCCAACCCCAAUUCCAAACCCAACAUCUGCGAUGGAGGGUUCAACACACUGGCCAUCCUGCGCCAAGAGCUGUUCGUCUUCAAGGAUCAGUGGUUCUGGAGGGUGCGUGAUAACUCGGUGGUGCCUGGCUACCCCAUGCAGAUCAGCUACUUCUGGAAAGGGCUACCCCCCAAGAUUGAUGCUGUCUACGAGAACAGCGAGGGCAAGUUUGUCUUCUUCAAAGGCCAUCGAUUCUGGGUAUUCAAGGACACCACUCUGCAGCCCACAUACCCUCAGGACAUCUCGCUGUUCGGCAGCGGGAUGCCGUCUCAGAACAUCGAGACGGCUGUGUGGUGGGAGGACGUGGCCAAAACAUAUUUUUUCAAAGGGGACAGGUACUGGAGGUACAAUGAGGACAUCCGGAGUAUGGACCCUGGUUAUCCAAAACCCAUCACCAUUUGGAAGGGCAUCCCAGACUCUCCUCAGGGUGCCUUUGUGGACAAGGCUAAUGGCUUCACGUAUUUCUACAAGGGAAAAGAGUACUGGAAGUUCAACAACCGGAGGCUGCGGGUAGAACCGGGGUACCCCAGGUCCAUCCUGCGAGAUUUCAUGGGCUGCGACGGCCUGCCCUCGGACCCUGACUGGGACUGGCGGCCGCCGCAGGAUGACGAGCCACCACAUUACGAGCAUGACGAUGUGGAUAUCGUGCGUAAACCUGAGGGCACGGGUGGCACCGAAAAGGCUGUGGCCAUUGCCAUACCCUGCGUGCUAGCCCUAUGCCUUAUGGUCCUACUGCACACUGUUUUCCGGGUCAAGCGUAAGGACACCAAGCGCCACAUACUGUACUGCAAGCGCUCCAUGCAGGAAUGGGUUUGAAAAGUGGGGGAUUCUGACUUCCCCAUUCCAAGACAUGUGGGAUGUACCAUCGUGUCUUACCUGAGGGGGUGGUGUUGAACCUCUUUCUCUCAUGGGAGGGAGGAGGAAAGGAAUGAACAGCAUGCCCACGUCCUAAUUGUGGUGUCUGCUCUUCCCAGGAGCGCCGUGUCGUUAUGUGUGUGUCAUGUCAGGCCUCCGUUGUCGGCCGUCCGCGGCCAUUUUGAGACUCGAGUCAGAUCUCGAAAGUAACUCGAUAAAAUAUUCACUAAAGGACCGACCUUUACAAAUGAAAAUACGUUAUGUAUCUCCUACUAGUUAUCAGCUUCACAUAACGUGUGGACUCUUAUGUUCCUCCAGAAUGUUUAUGUUUUAAGAAUUGAUACUCAAACCAAAACACCAUUGGUUUCCAAAGACAAUUGUGGGUUUUUUUUUUUCAUGUCCAGUUUUUUUAAAGCAUAGAUUUCAUUUUACGUAGAAAUCUUAUCUUUAUCUUCAGGUUUUAUGCGUUCUAUCAUUAGCUUUUACAAUCUCCAACUCUAUCUGCAAUAUUUGGUUGAAUGCCUUAACCAUAUAUCUAUAAUAUUUCUUUUUCAGCGUGUGUGUGUGUAUGUGUACACAUGUAUCAAAAGGAACGGCUAAUCUUGUACCAUACAGUCAAGUGCAAAAGUUUGCAUACCCUUAGGCCAAAAUUAAAAAGACCAUUUUAAUUAAUAGUCACGAGACAUUCUGGUCCUGAUUUACUAAGAUCUCAAACGAAGAGGUUAAUCUGUGUGUAAUAAAUUGUGUGCACAGUUAUUAGUUAUGUUCUAGCUGAUUUACAAAAAUGCUUAAUUCGGAACAAUACUUAAGUAAAGUUCAGAUCUCACAAAGCCAAAUGUCUGAGUAAUUGCAUGUCAAAUAUGGCACAGUGCUGAGGUGUCAUAAAACUAUUGAAAACAACGUUAUUUUAACAUAAAAGAGUGCAGAUAUGAGUUGUUGUUGUUAUGUUGAUGUAUGUUGUCAACAUCAGAAGUUCAAAUGUCCAGCAAACAUAUAAUAUGAAUCAAACUUUACCAAUGGUAAUAUUGUCAUAAUUUCAAAAAACAUUCUCAUUAUUUUGAGAUACUAAAAAAUGUCAAUAAAAUAAAAGCUUCAUUUUGUCUUCACAUAGCAGAAACAGGGUUUUGGCACGUUUAGUACUUGCUCUUCGGUUGUAUUCAUUUACACAUACGCAGUGCUGGUUGCUUAAAUGACUUUGAGGCUGCGAUAAAUCACACAGCAGGUGCUAAAUGAAUCAAUUGACAUCGACUCUGCACUGUAUUGUGCACUUUUCGGUUAUUUAUUAAGACAUGCAAAACAGAAAUGAUGCAUUUUACUUAUUUAAAAGAUGCAAUCCUCCAUAGAGCCUGCAUUGUUUUUUAAACAGGUUGUGUCAAGGUAUUUUUUACACACAAACCUUCAGUAAAUCAGGGUUUCAGUUCGGUUUUGUUCCUUCUUCAUGAAAAAUGGUCAAAUAGUGUUUGAUAAGACAUUAAUGUUGAAAAUGAUAUUAUCAUACACAUCAUACUUCUUUACAUCAGGGAUUUUAUGAUUUUAUAUUGAAGUAUUUUUCUGUUGAUUUUGCCUUAUAUUUUGGAUUGGAUUGUGGCAGGACACACACACUUCUCAUUUUUACUUAAUUUUUAAAAAAAAUAAUUUUAUAAUUAUAAUUAUUUAUUUAUUCAUUCAUUUAAAGUACAUUUUCCUUCAUUUUCAUUCCAAAUCUACGGGGGAUUCAAACUUUUGCACUCAACUGUAUGUUUUAAACUGCUCUACUUGGCAUUAAUGCUUUCAGAAAAUAAUAAUAAUAAUAAUAAUUUAAAAAAAAAGUUCCUUUUUUGGUUUGUUUUAGGAAAGGUCUUCCAGGUUAAAAAAAAAUGUAAAAGAAGCAGUGAAAAUCCUAGAAGAUAUUAUUUAGCAUUCUGAAUAAUCUAAAAAUAUGACAUACUUUAAUAUUAUGUAGAAUACAGACUGUCAGAAAAAUGUAACCGUGUAGAAAUGUCAGACCCAUUAAAAUUAGUAUAGCUUGGGGUGCACUAUAUUGGAUGAGACAUUGCACUGAACUAACUAAUAUUACGCUGAUAUUAACAACAGUAAUUCAAAAACGAAAAACUAAUAAGCUCAGAUGGACGUGUAUGACUUUAUUACAGAUUUUAUACUGCGGCUGGUUUAGUGAUUUAAAAAGUCAGAGAGAAAAAUCAUUUAAAACAACAGAGACACGUUUAAGUUAUAGCACUUUUUAACUAUAAACAAAUGGUAUGACCAUUUUUACCCCAUUUUUUUUUAUUCAUGCCUUGUUUUGGUAUUUUAAUAGUGGAUCUCUGACGUCUGCAGAAGUCAUUAAUGUUCUCUGGGAUUCAUUAAUGAGGGGUUUGUGUGGCUGUUAAAACUCUUCAGCGAGCGUCAUUGGCACCACUCCAAUCCAAUUAACAACUUCCUGAAUCGCGAGAUCGCACGGUGAUGGAACACACAGACUUCACAUUGUUACCGAUAUGGCAGCUUUCUGAACUCUGCCUUUGUUAACAAGAUGUAAAUAUUUGAACAUGCUGUACAUAUCUCAUGUAGUGUCUUGAAUAUGGAUGUGAAGGGCAGAUUAUACAGUAUUAAAUACUAAGAUAUCA